UUCAGUUUUACAAUUUAUUUUUCACUCUUCUAGGGUUGGGUAAAUUGGGAUAGUUGGUUUCCCACACCUAGAAGGGCUCGGGUAAAAAAAAAAAAAUUAGUCUAGAAAGAGGUUUCGGAUAUUAAGGAGGAGGUUGUUUGGCUAUAUGUAAGCGGGCAGCAUUCCUUAAAAAAGGUAUGUAUUUGGAUUUUUCGGGAAUGGUCUGAGGAGACAUUGUUAUUGUUUAUUGUCUAAGGAGACCUUUUGAUUUAUUAACAGAAUUCGUGGUGUUUUUGGAGUUUUUUUUAUUGUCGUGUGAUAGAUUAUGGCAGAGUCAGGGUCCUCGACUGUUAAUUCUCUUGGCUCACGUUUUGUGGGUGGUGGUGCCAUUUUUCCCACCAACUCAUCAGAAAAUCCAGGACUUCAAAACAGUGAAGUUGGAUGGUUCCAACUAUUUGAUUUGGGCACAGUCUGCCAAGAUGUUCAUUGGUGGCAAAGGCAAGAUUGGCUAUAUUACUGGUUCUGAGAAAGAGCCAGCUGAGUCAGCGGAGGCAUAUCCACAAUGGUUUGCAGAUAACGCUAUGGUUAUGUCUUGGCUAGUCAAUUCGAUGCAACCAAACAUAGCUGUUGGCUAUAUGUUUAUGAAGAUUGCUAAGCAGAUUUGGGAUUCAGUUCAACGCACUUAUUCUCAGAGGCAAAAUAAUGCACAAAUUUUCCAGCUGGGGCGAGAUAUCACCAGGAUUUCUCAGGGUGACUUGACAGUUUCAGGUUACAUCACCAAGCUUCGUGCUAUUUAGGAGGAGAUGCCAUAUUAUGAUUCCUUCCACUCUUGGAAGGAUCCAGAUGAUGCAGUUUUAUAUGCAGGAAUUGUGAAGAAGAAUCGAGUGUUUCAGUUUCUUGCCGGGUUGAACGACGAGUUUGAGUAUGCUCGUGUUCAUUUAUUGGGCUUAUCUUUAUUCCCUAUUCUUGAGGAUGCAUACUCCUAUGUGUUGUCAGAUGAGAGCUGCCGGACUCAUCCAUUAGGUGUUGCUUCUGUUGAUCGUUCUGCUAUGGCAGUUCGGGUUCCCAACCUUUCAGGAACUUCACCAUCCCAGUCAGUUCAGAGCACUACCACCGGUCCUCCUCUGGGACGACAACAUGGACGGUGUGACCAUUACGAAAAAAUUGGUCACAUCAAAUCUCGUUGUUAUGCUCUACAUGGACGUCCACCGUAACAGAAAUAACAGCCUCGAUCCUCUGCACAUUCUGUUACACAACCAGUCUCGUUGUCAACUCCGGACAACCCUACCUCUACAUCUUCUGCCACAGUUACCUUGACUCAAGCUGAUUUGGACAAGUUCAAGCAAUUCUUCAACCAAAUGGAGGCAUCAUCUCAACCAACCUCCACUUAUGCCCACUCAGGAUCUGGUGUUGAAACGGACGAUUGGCAGUGGGCGUGAAGUGGACGGUUUAUACCUGUUGGAUACUCCUUUGUCACCUCAAGCACAUUCAGCUUCAUUUUCUAAUAUUAUUUCAUCUAAUAAAGCCCAGCUUAUGCGUUGGCACAUGUGUUUAGGACAUAUUUCUUUUACUUAUUUGAAACAUUUAUUUCCUUCCUUAUUUUGUAACGUGGUAGUGUCAGAUUUAUCCCGUGAAACAUGUCAUAUGGCUAAACAUAUUCGUUCCAAUUAUCCUGCUAGUAGUAAUAAAUCUGCUUUAACACCUUUUGAUCUUGUUCAUUCAGAUGUGUGGGGUCCUUGCCCAGUUACUUCUAGUCUUGGAUUUUGAUAUUUCGUGUUUGUCAUUGAUGAUCAUAGUCGUGUUACUUGGGUAUACACUAUUUUUAAAAAUUUUAUGACAAUGGUUCAGACUCAAUAUGGUCGUACCAUUAAAAAAUUCCGAUCUGACCAGGGUACAGAGUACACUUAUGGGGAGGUACAAUGGUUAUGUACAUAAUUUGGGAUUGAGCAUCAGAUGGCUAAUGUUAAAACUCCUCAACAGAAUGGUCAUUCUGAGAAAAAGAAUCGCUACAUCCUUGACUUAGCCAGAGCAAUCUGCAUUGGCAUGAAUGUUCCCAAGUUGGGGAGAUGUAGUUCUUACCGCUGUUUACAUCAUUAAUAGGAAUCCUUCUAGGAUUCUUAACUUUGCAGCCCCACUCUCAAUCAUACAUCCCAAUUCAUCUCUUUUUUUUUAUUCCUCCGCGAGUCUUCGGGUGUGCGUGCUUUGUUCAGCAGUUGGGGCAGACUCGUACAAAGCUUGACCCCAAGGCUUUGAAGUGUGUGUUUUUGGGCUAUUCUGACUCUCAAAAAGGUUGUAGGUGUUACCAUCCUCCCAGUCGUCGGCGGUUUAUAUCCAUGGAUGUUUUUUUCUUUGAGCAUACACCAUACUAUAGUGGUUCAAUUGGUUCUCAGAGUGAAUGGUUCCCAUUGAAUAUAAUGGAUGAUCACCUUCUUCCGUCUUCAACUCCUCUACCAUUACCUGUUUCUUCUUCUACGAUUCCUCCUCGUGAUACCCCUCCAGCAAGGGGGAAUUGUUCCUUUUUCAUAGGUUUAUAGUCGGAGACAACAGGUACAAGCUUCUACUCCCACGAUCGACUGCCCUGUUCCUUCGGCACCAGCUCUGCCUUCUCAAGCUAUUGUUUCGUUUGAUGAUCGCCCCAUUGCUCUUCGAAAGGGUAAACGUUCUUGUACUUACCCUAUUUCUAAUUUUGUUUCUGAUUAUGCUCUCUCACCCUCCUAUCGGAGUUUUCUUGUUUCUGUUGCCUCGGUUCUUGUUCCUUCUAGUGUUGCAGAUGCACUAGCAUAACCACAACGGCGUAAAGCUAUGAUAGAAGAACUACAAGCACUUGAGAAAAAUUAGACUUGGGACAUGGUUCCACUUCAUAUUGGACGAAAGGCUGUGGGUUGUCGUUGGGUGUUUACAGUUAAGCAUAAUCUAGAUGGGUCAGUUGCUCGUUAAAAGGCCCGAUUGGCUGCUAAGGGUUAUGCUCAGACUUAUGGCAUAGAUUAUCAGGAGACUUUGCCCUUGUUGCCAAGAUGAAUACCAUCCGUGUAUUAUUUUCUGUUGCUGCAAUUUGAUCUUGGCCUUUAUUUUUGUUAGAUGUCAAGAAUGCCUUUCUCAAUAGUGAUUUGCAGGAAGAGGUGUACAUGGUUCCUCCUCCAGGCUUUCGUUCUCCUGCUCAUUUUGGUAUGGUAUGUCGUCUUCGUCGUUUUCUGUAUGGCCUUAAGCAGUCUCCUCGAGCUUAGUCUGAUCGCUUUGACACUGCUAUGCUCAAGUUUGGUUUCCAUCAAAGUGCAGUUGAUCAUACCUUGUUUUUACGUCAUUCAAGCGGUAAGACAGUUGCUCUCAUUGUGUAUGUCGAUGAUAUUGUUCUUAUCGGCGAUGAUACUACCGGAAUUGAUGAGGUUAAGAGCUAUCUUGGCCGUCAGUUUGAGAUUAAAGAUCUUGGUCCCCUACGGUACUUCUUGGGCAUUGAGGUGGCUCGCUCCAAGACUGGCAUUUUCAUCUCUCAACGUAAGUAUGUUCUUGACUUGCUUUCUGCUUCUGGUCAGCUUGGCGCUCGUCCUGCUGAUACUCCGAUUGAGCAGAAUCAUCGGUUGACUGAUUCUGAGGGGGAGUUGUUGUCAAAUAUUGGUCAGUAUCAACGAUUUGUGGGGAAGCUCAUCUAUUUAUCCAUGACUCGACCUGACAUUGCUUAUGCCAUGAGUGUCGUGAGUCAAUUCAUGCACUCUCCUCAUGCCCCUCACCUUGAUGCAGCUAUUCGGACCCUUCGCUACUUAAAAGGGUGUCCAGGCCGUGGUAUUUUGUUUGCCAAUCAUGGUCACUUACGUGUUGAGGCUUGGACAGAUGCUGAUUAUGCAGGAUCAAUUUCAGAUAGGAGGUCUACUUCAGGUUAUUGUACCACUAUUGGUGGUAACUUGGUUACUUGGCGCAGUAAGAAGCGGGAUGUUGUCUCUCGAUCUAGUGCAGAGGUAGAGUAUAGGGCUAUGGCUCUUAGGGUAGGUGAGUUGCUUUGGCUGAAAACCUUGAUGACAGACUUGUGCCUUCCAGUGUCGCUUCCAUUCUCACUCUACUGCGACAACAAGUCUGCCAUUAGCAUAGUAGCAAAUCCUGUUCAACAUGACAGGACUAAGCAUAUAGAGGUGGACCGUCACUUCAUUCGAGAGAAGAUCAUCUCUGGUCAAUUUUGCACUCUAUUUGUCACAAGCUCUCAGUAGCUUGCAAACAUUUUUACAAAGGGCGUCAACAAGAUUGUGUUUGAGAAUACAUUGUCCAAGUUAGGCGUUUCAGAUAUCCACGCACCAACUUGAGGGGGAGUGUUAACAUAUAUGAUACCACGAUUUAUGGUAUGACUUACCAUUAUAGCAGAGAUUUGACUAUACAUAUGUUAGCAUAUAUGUUACUACGAUUUAUGGUAUGACUUACUAUAAUAGCAGAGAUUUGACUAUGCUAUAGAAUAUGUCAUAGAAUAUGCUUUAAAAUAAGUUGUGAUUUGAUUUUGAUUUGAUUUAAUUUCCUUUCUUGUAAUAUGAGCAUGUGCUCAUUUUAUCUAUAAAUACUAGAGCUGUGAAUGAGUAAUUCAUAUCAUUCAAGCCUUUACGCAAUUCUCUUAUUUCUCUUCUUUUUAUAUAUUCUACUGUAAUAAACCUUCUUUAGGCUCCAAGGAUAUAAUAGAUUUUGUUCUUCUUGAUUAGCUUAGUAUUAGGAUUUAUAUAGUUUUAUUCUAUUUAUUUUUUAUUUUUAAAAUAGUAGUCUUCUAUCCUCCUUGUCCUACAUCUUUUAUCUAUGUAGUUGGACAACUUGGGAGCUUUGGGACUUCUUGGGAUAGCUUAAUGCACUUUUCUUAGCUCAAGAAAUCUGCACUGCUAUUACUGUGGGAUCUUUCUUUAUGCUAUCAGCUAUAUUAUCUUUUCCUCUCUACCUUACCAUUCCUUUUGCUUCUUUAGACCUUUUUUUAUAUGGCAUGUGAUGAACUGCUUGACAUAUUAUUGACGUUUGUGAUUUGAUGAAGUUUCACUAUAUUCUUGAUUGCAAUACAAUUUCUCUCCGUUUUCUAGUUUGGAGAUUUUUAGCACACUUGAACGAGUGGUGGUUCUAGACCUUAUUACAGGAAGCUUAAAGGCGUAUCAUUCUUCAGCAAUUUUACCAUAUAUUAUUAAAGGUUAUGGUCCUCUAUUAUAUAUGUUUUUUUUAUAAGGCUCUACAUAAGUUUUGUAUAAGGGAUGCGUUCCCCUCUUGAACGCCUUUUUAAUUCAAUUAUUACUUAUAAAAAAAAAAAAUAAGGCUCUACAUAACUUAGGGGGAAAAAGAUUUGGUAUUAAGAACAAGGAUACAUUUUGAAGUAUUUUCGUACGGUGUUGAAUGAAUUUUGACAAGCUAACCUAUUUCCAGGAAAAAUAACUUUUAUUUGGAAAGAAAGCCACUUUAUCAUGUGUCCAACCUAUGUGCUGGUUACGAAGAACUAGUGUGGCUUUUGUAGAAAUAUUUCCUGAAUUUAGUUGCCCUUAGAUUAAUGGAGUCUAAAUGUUUUUAAAAUGAUCUCCUUCAUGGAUCAAAUAGCUUUUGUCUAGCUACCUUUAAUUGAUAGAGAUUCCCGAGAACACAGGUGCAUUUUUAUAAAUUCAAAUCAAGUUCAGCAUUCAAAAAAAUUUGAGAAUAGACAUUGUUGUCAAAGGCAUCUAGGCUCCAGGCGCAAGACUUGCGCCUGUUGUGUGCCCAGUGGUGCCUUUGACAACAUUGACUUGCGCCUGUUGUGUGCCCAGUGGUGCCUUUGACAACAUUUGCGCUUUUUAUAUGGAAUAUGAAUACUUUAAUACAGUAGUAAUUUAAUAUUCUUCCAUUAUGCGCCUCACUUAACUCAGGCGCUCACCUCACCUGGCGCCUAGGAUCCAGAGGACCUUUAGAGCCUUAGUGCGCCUUGGACCUUUGAUAACACUGAGAACAGAUUGUUAUAUUUGUUUAUUUAUUGCUUUCAUGUGUUUAUCCUUAAUAUUGCUUUUACUUGAAUACGAGAAUUGUUCUGAUGAUCUUAAAAUUGAUUGUUAUUUUUGGUCAAUGCAAAUAUAAAAAAAAUGGGACACUUAUACUCGGCAUAUAUUUAAACAAAUUAAGUUCUCUUUGCUAAUUAUGCCCUAAGAGCUUAUUCUAAUUCUUCUUCUUCUUCUUUUUUUUUUUUUUUUUUUAGUUUAAAUACGUGUUUCCUUGAUUUCUUUUCUGUGAGAAUACAAUGCUUAUUUUGUUGUGUUGCUCACUGGCUUUGUACACCCGAGGAAGUGUUGCAGUAAUAUAUAAACGAUUUAUAUGUGCCCUCAAAACGCAGAAGUAAAACAUGAGUUAUGGAUUUGAGUUAUAAGUUCCAAAACUGGUCUGUAAAUUUGAUUUCAAAUUAUCUUUCUGCCUGCUGGUACUUUUUAGAAACCUAUUUUAAAUGCUUGGUUCGGAU